AUGGAUGCUUCUCCGACAUCAGAGUCUGGCUUGAAGCCAGAAGGCAGCGUCGCGGCCAACAGCUUCGACGACACAAAUCCGACCUCGCCAUCUCAACAAGACAUUCUCAGCCCCGCCAGUUUUCGAGAUGAUGCGACCGACAGGAGCCCGGUGCUGUCCCCCAAUGCAGGCGGCGAGCGACUUGGAGAUGUUCUGAGCGAUGCUGGAAGCUCGGAAUACGUACAAUCUCCCACCAAUGCUGCAUUCUCACCGGGAUCUCAAAAUGGGGAAGCUCAGCAAUCGUCCCUACCACCAGGUCCUCCUGGAACAUCAGGACUUUCAGCAGACAAUGCUGAGCCACUCCGAUCACCCAGCAUUGCAGAUCGCAGAGGACGGGCUCUGGCUCCAGUGCACUUUGCACAGGGGACGAAAGCUGAGACUCCUCCUCGUCCAGGCCCAUCCACCGACGGAAGACCAUCUGCAUCAACAGCCGCCAAUGCAACUGUGGUGGACAUCAUAGUUAAGCUCGACCUCCUCCCAGCCAUGGCAGCUCUACGUGCCUCCGCUCGACCAGGAGCAGAUCCCGAAGAAGCCCACAAAGCCCUCGAAUUGGCCACCAGAGCGCGCGACUAUGCCCAGCAGCACGGCGCCGAUACAGCACUGAUCGGACAAUGCAACUACUACAUGGGAGUGGCGAGCAUCGCCGUGGGCGAACCAGACAAAACCAAAACCAUCAAGCUCUUCAACGAGGCCCUCGCCGCCAAAGGACUCAACACCGAAGGCGACUCAGCCGCCAGCUGGAUCAACUACGUCCACGAACAACAAAAACAAGCAAGCCCCGGAAAAGAAGGAGCACAACCAGACUCCAGCACCAAACCCACCUCCCUCCUCGGUCAGCUCUUCAACCCCGUCGCGACAAUGCUAGGUGCCACACGAUCCUCCUGGUCCGGCUCCUCAAAGACUUCAUCCAGCGCACCGAAAAGCCCCCCCAAACAAGCUGGCCUCUACGCCCAAAUGGCGCCCGCCCGCCGCGAGAAAAUCCUCGCCGCAAGACCCGCGACGCAACGCAUGGCGAUUUGGAGUUCCUCCAGCGACAACGACAGUCGCUGCGGUGGAAGCAAACCACCCCCCAAACCCGCCUUCCCCCAACGUCGAAGUGCGCAAAACCUCCCCUCCUUCCACUCCUCCCAAUCCAGCCGCCCCGUAACCCACGAAGAAGCCGAAGGCCAACAAGCCCAAAACCUCCCGAAGAAAUUCAUCAUGAAGAAAGACAGCCAGGGGAAUUUCAUCCACCUGAAUACGGAUCUGAAGUAUAACGCGGAGCAUCCGUUCGUGGUGGAUGUGCCUUUUGUGGUGAGUCCGGAGAGUUAUGAGGUUGUUGCUGCGGUGGGAGAUGGGGAUGGGGGAGAGGGGGAUGGGGGAGAGGAGAAACCGAAGAAGAUUAGGUAUUUUAUCGUGAAUCCGGAUGCUACUGAUCCUUCUUCUUCUUCGCCUUCGGGAAGGAGUAGGAGUGUGGGGGUGGGGGCGCAGCGCCAGACCUCGUUACAUCACGCCGAUGGUGAGGUGGUGAAGCCGCCCAAGAAGAAAGGCAGCUGGAUCCACAGGUUGAGCCUGGCGGCGACGACGGAUCCGCGCGUCUCGAAGAGUUUGGAGGCGAUGGUUGAGGAGGGCGAGAGUCCGUUGUUUGAGAAGCCGAAGGGGUGGGGGCGGUUUGAUGGGGAUGGGAGGAUUGUGGAGAGGGGGACGGCUUGA